AUGGUUCCUCCUCCGUUACGAUCGUUUGCAAAAUUGGUUCAGGAUUCCCCUCAACCUAUUCCUGAGGUCUUGGUUCCUUUUCAGGCUCCUAAAACGACGGAUGGGGAGGUGUGCAUUUUAUUCACUAAGGAUGAAAUUGAUAAAUCGGCAUUUCCAUUUUGGUUCUCUAUUGUUCUUAAAUUUCUAUGCCAAAGGCCUUCCUUAGAUUCAAUCAGAGCAUUUAUUCAUUCUAGAUGGGGUCUCAUUAACCAACCUAUUGUUUCAUCGAUGUUAAGACCUCGCAAUGCUUUCAUAAGGAUGUUGUCUGAGGAGGAUUUUGUUAAAGCUUUGAUGAGGAAGGUGACAGAUAUUGAUGGUGUGGCUUACCGUGUUUUCCAGUGGACUAUAGAAUUUCAGGAGGAUAAAGAACCUAUUAAUGUACCUGUCUGGAUUUCUUUCCCAGGCCCUCCCCCGAACUUUUAUCACGACUCAUUCUUGCGCAGUAUUCCAGCUCCACUCGGGCGAUAUCUGAAACGAGAUAACCCUACCAAAUGUGCUACACCUACAGAGGGGGCAAGAGUACGUAUUGGGAUUGACAUUUCUAAGGAGCCUUUGAAGGCAUUCUGGAUUGGUAUCCCUCGACAGCCUCAUAGUUUCUUGCAGGAAGUGAUCUAUAAGACGUUACCCGCAUACUGCACGAAAUGUAAUAUGCAAGGACAUAAUGACAAGACAUGUAAGAGGAAUGCUCAGAAAAAGGUGCGUGAUCAGAACCCUAAAAUUGGCGGUGGAAAGGUGGAUUAG